AUGACCUCCGAUACCGACACCGUGACCGGCCACUGCGUUUGCAAGGCGUACACUGUGACCAUCCCCCGUCCGACCCAGAUGAACCUCUGUCACUGCGUCGACUGCAGACGAUGGGCAGGAUCGAUGAGGUACUCUGCGCAUGUCGGUGCACCUGCCGACAAGGUCAAGCUGGAGGGCCCAAAGCCGAGGACGCACUCUGUCAAGGGUGUGGAUGGGGAGAAUAUGAUUCGAGCAUGCGGCCUGUAUAUCAUGCCUGAGUCGCGCGCAGAGAAGGGUCCAUCAUUCUUCAAAGCAGGCGCCAAGCUCAUGUUUGUAGGUCUCUUCAAUCCCGGAGAUGUCCCAACGCCCACGAUGGAGACAUUCACCAAAGACAUGGAGUCCUGGGAGACGACCGCGCGUGGCGUGAACGCCUUUGAGAAGAAUGGCAAAUUCUGA